CGCGUGUGGCGCUGGCACGUCCCUAUUUAAAACCUCACUCACUCACCCAGCCAGCCAGCCCAACCCCGAAACCCCAUCGCAACCAAUCCCCAACCCCAAAUCCCCAAUCCACCCUCAUCCACUCCGGAAGCCGGGCGGCCAUGGCCUGCUCCUUCGCCGCCGCCACCGUCGUCUCCUCCGCCUCCACCCCCACCCCCACCGCGAGGCCCCUCGCCUCCGCGCCGCACUCCCUCUCCCUCCCCCGCGCCGCCGCCGCGAAGCCCAUCCGCUUCGCCGCCGCCAACUCCUCCAGAUCCGCCCGGGCCAGCGCCCUCGUCGCCCGCGCCGGCGGCGUCGAUGACUUGCCGUUGGUCGGGAACAAGGCGCCCGACUUCGAGGCCGAGGCUGUCUUCGACCAGGAAUUCAUCAACGUCAAGCUGUCUGAUUACAUUGGGAAGAAGUACGUGAUUCUGUUCUUCUAUCCCUUGGACUUCACCUUCGUCUGCCCGACCGAGAUUACCGCCUUCAGUGAUAGACAUGAGGAAUUUGAGAAGUUGAACACUGAGAUCCUCGGCGUCUCGAUUGACAGUGUGUUCUCCCACCUUGCAUGGGUGCAGACCGAUAGGAAGGCUGGUGGGCUUGGCGACCUUAAAUACCCUCUUAUUUCUGAUGUUACUAAAUCAAUUUCGAAGUCCUUUGGUGUUCUGAUCCCUGAUCAGGGAAUUGCUCUGAGAGGACUGUUCAUCAUUGACAAAGAGGGAGUAAUUCAGCACUCCACCAUUAACAACCUUGCCAUUGGUCGCAGUGUGGAUGAGACCAUGAGGACCCUUCAGGCGCUGCAAUACGUCCAGGAGAACCCGGACGAGGUCUGCCCGGCAGGAUGGAAGCCUGGGGAGAAGUCCAUGAAGCCCGACCCCAAGGGAAGCAAAGAGUACUUCGCGGCCAUCUAGGCACGAUGCCGAGAAGCUUUGCUGCUCUGAUCAUGGCGCCCUUCGGUGUGCCAGCGGUGGAUGAUGUGGACUUUUGCUCCGAGCUCGUGCUUUGACAUGUCGCUGCGUCUUGUGAACCAAGUGUAGCAGCCCUUGUGCAUCCGAUCGAAUGUUUUUCUCUACCACCUUGUUUUUUCCCCCUGACAAAUAAGGUUCAUUUUGAUCAAGUUUGAGAGCUCAAGCCUCCAGUUUAGUUU